AGCAUGUGAUUGUGACGUAAUUCGCCGGAAGCCUUUUGAAGCCUCUUUUGUUUGUCUGCAGGCAUUUCAUUUUCAGUUUGCUUUGCCCUGUGAUAGAAGAUUUACUUUACCCUGUGAUAGAAGAUUUACUUUACCCUGUGAUAGAAGAUUUACUUUACCCUGUGAUAGAAGAUUUACUUUAAAGCAAUGAGUCGUUGGCGAAAAAAGAAAGAUCAUCGUUUCUUAAACGAGUUCUUGGAAACGACACGGGCACUAGCCAAGUGUUGCUCGCUUCAAGUCCCAAUUAUAUCGCAAAGGGAAUAUCCACACAUUCCAGACGACUCCUUGUUUUUGCAACGAGCAGCUGAAGUUUGGGGACCCCACGAAAACAUCAAGAAUGUGUCUUCAAACGAUGACGUCUUCGUCAAAGCACACGAAAGCGUUGAAUCUUUGUUCGACCAGGAGAUUUCUUCAGAUGAUAUUUUUGUAACAGCACGCGAAAGCCUUGAAUCUUUGUUCGACCAGGAUGUUUCUCCAGAUGAUAUUUUUGUAACAGCACGCGAAAGCCUUGAAUCUUUGUUCGACCAGGAUGUUUCUCCAGAUGAUAUUUUUGUAGCAGCACAUCAAAACAUCGAAUCGCUGAAAAAUGAGUCGGGGUCAAUAGAUGAGGUGUUUGCAACAGAAAAAAUAAGCCGGGAACCGAACAGACAAUGUGCUGUGGAGUGGCCAGGAUGUUACAUCCGCCCACCAGUAUACAUUAAUUUAGACCCUCCCAGGAUGAUCUCUCGGAGUACCCAAACAAGCGAGUGUCAGCUUCAUAUCAGUGAAGAGCCGAAAAAGAAAAGGAGAAGAAAGGCCAUCAAGGCCUUCUUCAAAAAAAAGUGGAAGGCGUUAAAACGCACAUUCACACGGUGCACAGGGGACUCCGAUUCAUAGAUGGAAAUUUACUUUAUUGAAUUUGUUUGUAAAACACAGAAAAGAAAAACAAAGCAGGAUCUACGACGAUGAGCAGCGGAUCGUCCCUACCUGCAGCAACUUUCCCCUGGGCGUCUCGGCAGUUCCGGAGGUGUUAGAGAUUUUUCUAAAAGUCCUUUUCAGGACUGACUGAGCAUUCUCCAGCGCGGCAUGUCCCGCUGUUCUCUUGG